CUCCGGAAGUACAGCCAAACUUUACUUCACAGGAGAAAACAGCUGUUGUUGGGGAGUAGAAGUAAACCAUAAAAAUGCCAGCUUAUAAAAGAAGGGUACAAUCAGUUGACAGCCAAACUAAAAAGAGAAAGCUGGACCAGCAGUCAGGGACAGAGACCAGCAAUGUUCCUGAAAGCCCGCGCAGGUCACUGCGAGCAGCAGCAUCCCAGAAGAAAAAAAUGGAGGAUCAACAGUCUAAGAAAUCACCCUCCACAGAGGAGAACACAAGUGCCCCCCAUCAAACAGUGAAGCGCAGAGGACCAGCAAAGGGUGCAAAGCGAGGGAGGCGGAAAAAAAACACAGCUGAACAAGGAGCUACUUUAAAGCCAGAGCACUCAAAGGACUCUGAAAUGGCUGUACAAAUCCGAGAGGCAAUUCCGAGAAAGAGAACUAGAAGGAAGAAGGAGAAGGAUGGUGAGGGGAAUGUGAUAAAACGGCCUGUUGGUCGCCCUCCGUCUAAUGGGCUGGGGAGCUACAAAAGGAAGUACAACCCAAAGGAGACCAAUAUUUCUGUCAGAUUGGAAUCUACAGGUUUACAGCUAAUACUGGAUCUCAUACAGAUAGAUCACAACUAUGGCAAACCCUCCAAAUUAACAGUAAAGACUUUGAUCUCCUCAAAUGAGAAACAGGGAACCCAAGUAAUUGAAAGGUCGAAGGAGGAAGCCAUAGUGCAGCACCAGUCUGUGGAACCUGCACAGGACAAUACAGCAGCCACAACAGAAACACAGCAGCAUAUUAAACAUGAGCCAAAAGAGCUAACAGAACCAGAUUCUGUGGCUUGCAGCGAGAAUGUCGAAUCUCUUAAGGACAGUUCAGUAACUGCAUCAGAGGUUGGGGAGCAAGUUGAAAAAGUGUCAGAUGAACAGGAAGAGCCACGGACUCCCGCUAUUGUCAAAGCGGAGGUUCCAAAUCCAGAAACUGCAGCCCCGACUGAGGUUCCAAAUCCAGAGACUGCAGCCCCGACUGAGGUUCCAAAUCCAGAAACUGCAGCCCCAUCUGAGGUUCCAAAUCCAGAAACUGCAGCCCCGACUGAGGUUCCAAAUCCAGAAACUGCAGCCCCGACUGAGGUUCCAAAUCCAGAAACUGCAGCCCCGACUGAGGUUCCAAAUCCAGAAACUGCAGCCCCGGCUGAUCAGACUACAGAAUCCCUCAAGGAUUCUAUUCCGGUGUCUACCUCAGAGAUGGCAGAGCAGAGUGAAGAUUGCCAGGGAGAGCACAAGGAUGCCCCUGCUGUUUCUACUGUUGAACCGCAGGGAACAUUGGAAGAUGCCACAAAUCCCCCCGAUCAGUUGAUACCAGUCCUCGAAGAGCCUAGUACUUGCACUGAUCCACCUAGUUCAGAUGUGACUGAAUUGACAGCAUCAAGCACUGGUGCUGAUUCUCCAGAGGGACCAACAAAUGCACCCCCCUCACCAGAGCCGGACUUCUCUUUAGACACACAGCCGAUGCUGGACACAGACGACAUGGAGAUUGAAAUCGAGAACUGUGUGGUAGAAGUGGUGAGUGAGAACCUGCUCGGCUCAACAGAUAACCAGCAUGAUGCACUGGAUAAGGUAGCGCUUGGACUACUGAGUUCUUCAGGUGCGUCUGGGGUGGCGAGGGCCUCUUUAAAGGACUUGGUCAGUGGGAACAAAGUGGCCGGGAGUAGCCAAGGUCAGCCCAAGAAGCAGGCCAUGAACCCUCAGGCCAGGACAAAAGCCCGUCUGGCUGCGCAAGCAGAGGCGAAGGCUGCAGCCUCUAAGAGAGCCGCUCACAGGCAGCUGAACCUGCUAGCCUUGUGUGAGGAGAUCGCUGACGACAUCGCGUCAGACACUGCGCUAAUCAAGGAGAUCAAGAAAGAGAAAGACGUUGUUUCCCAAACUGUAGUAGCACUGCCAUCAUCAUCACCACCACCACCACCACCAGCAGCGGCGGCAGCAGCACCCCCGCCAGCAGCUGGGGAUGAAAAGCCUGCAACGCCUGCGACACAGAAAAACGGAGCUGAGUCCAAGGAAGCAGAAACAGCUCAGCCUUCUCUCAGCUCCCAACAGCCCCCUCAGACCAGUGAGCCUGAGCAGAAGGCCCCAGAACCAGCGCCCCCGCCGGAGGCAGAGACGCCCAAGAGGCGUUUCUUCUUGAGCCAGAUAACUGUGCCACUGAAGGUCCAUGAGAAGAAGAAGUUGUCACGAUACCAGCGCCUGCGGCAGGUGGAGCUCCAGAGGGAUAAACUUACGUGGACGCGGGUCAAGAAACUGAAGUCCGAUCAGGCCAGUCAGAACCUGCCUCUCAGAGAAGACCAUCGGGAUUCAUCAUCUACGCCGGUUGCUGCUUUUUCUCCAGCGCCAACGCCUCCUCCUGCUCCUGCUGCUGCUCCUGCUGCUGCCUCUGUUGUUACUGUUCCCACACCAGCUGCUGCCUCAAAUGUGUCUAGACCUGACCGGACUGCCAAGCAUCCCGUCUCAAAGGAGUAUGCCCUAAAACCUCCCAGUAAACCUGAAGCCAAGAGGGUACUCCCUCCAGUUCCCCCUCCCAGACCAAAUGGAGUGACUGUCCCAAAGGCACGUCCUCCAAUAGAAUACAAACCCUAUACUCCCAGGCCAAAGUACUCUGCGGACGACUUUGUGCUGGAUGGCUUAGAUGACGAGAUCCCUAAGCCAGUGGUACCCAGCAAUGGGAAACAUGAGGGCAGUUCAGGACAAACUUCUUCCUCACAGUCCAAAGGCCCCACGGUGAACGUUACAGAGAAGCAUCUAUGUGUUAAGUCACCUGCAGAUAAUGAGGUAAAGCCACCAGCUCAAACAGAUCAGACAAAGUCACCAGCCGGAGAGAUUGUCCAGGCUAACUGUGGUCCACAGUCUGACUCAAAGCUCGAGAAAGAUAUGAAGAAAGAGGCCACCAAAGGAGGCCAGCAGACUACGACCGAGUCUGGUCAGAAGUCCUUUGGAGCUACGGUUUGCAGUGUGUGUGGGAUGCUGUACUCAGCAUCCAGUGCAGAAGAUGAGUCUCAGCACUUGCUUUUCCACAACCAGUUCAUCAGCGCCGUUCGAUACGUGGGAUGGAAGAAAGAGAGGAUUCUGGGAGAGUACCCGGAUGGCAAAAUCAUUCUUGUCCUUCCCGAUGACCCCAAGUAUGCACUGAAAAAGGUGGAGGAGAUCAGGGAGAUGGUGGACAAUGACCUGGGCUUUCAGCAGGUCGAGACCAAGUGCCCCUCUCAGACCAAAACCUUCCUCUUCAUCUCAAGUGACAAGAAGGUAGCCGGCUGCCUCAUAGCGGAGCAUAUCCAGGAGGGUUACCGGGUGAUCGUGGAGCCUGUGCCGGAGGGCUCGGAGGGGGAGAAGGUGAUGUUUGAGCGGCAGCGCGCCUGGUGCUGCUCCACCAACCCCGAGCCGGCCCUCUGCGGCAUCAGCCGCAUCUGGGUCUUCAGCCUGAUGAGACGCCGAGGCAUCGCCUCGCGCAUGAUCGAGUGUCUCAGGAAUAAUUUCAUCUAUGGUUCACACCUGAGCAAAGAAGAGAUCGCUUUUUCAGACCCCACACCUGACGGAAAACUCUUCGCCACCCACUACUGCGGCACUUCCCAAUUCCUGGUUUAUAACUUUGUCAGUGGGAACCGUUCAACUUGACCCUUCCCAUGCCCCCCUUCAUGUGUGUACCCCCCAGAUCACUGACUGAAUCAUGAUAGUUUUGAGAUGAAGAAAUCAUGGCCUGGAUUUAAAACAAAUGGCAAGUAUGUCUCAAGUCCAUUCUGAAUGGGCUUGACCACAUAGUAUUGCAGCAGACACUGCACAGCAAAUCUCACAUGUGUGGAACGAUGUCUCUGGUUUGAAGUGAAAGAACCACGCAAGAGGACACUGUCUGUCCUUCUGACUGAGAGAGAUUGCCCAAGUGUUUUAACCACUGAGGCUGGCCUGUGAAAUUUGUCCGAGCAGCAUUUCAUGUUAUGUUAUCACUUUGCUCUGUGAGAGUCUGAUGAUGUUCACUCAGGUUCAAAUAUUUGAGUGGAUCAUGAACUUCGCUGGGACCUUCCAAAAGGUGUCAUUU